AUGGAGCGUCUCCUCAAACUCUCACAAUUCAAGCUUCAACUUCAUGCCCUAAUUUCCGACGUGAAUGAACUCAAAGAAAGAGAACGCAAUGCUUCUGAUCAGCUCCAACUUAUGGCCCAGAAGCAAAAGCAAACUGAGGAAGAAUUCAACAGAAAGUUGGCUGGACUAAGUACGGAGUUGAGUUUGUCGAAUGAGCUAAGGCAGAAGCUAGAUAGAGAGGUGAGAUGUCUACAAAACGAGAAUGAUUUGCUUGAGAUCCAGCAGAAAGAACUGAAGGGAACCAUUAACAUCAUACUUGAAUCAAGAGAAAGUUUCAUUAAGGCUUAUGAGGUUCACUUGUUCAAUUCUUUUUCCAUACUCAACCUUCUUUUUGAUUGAUGGUUUUAUCAAGUUGUGCAUCAUUAUAAUUUCACUUGUGUGAGGUUUUGUUCUGCUUCUUUUCUGCCACAUUUAUUGAUUUGCAGGAUUCCACAUGUGAAAUGAGACGGGCUAUUGAAGUCAGGGAUAGAAAAAUUGAGGUUCUGUCUGAAAAGCUAAAAGCUCACUCCAUGUUGUUUGAUUCCAUUGAAAAGGAGGCUUCUUC